GGCCGGGGCCGCCCUAGCAGCCAGGACACCAUGCCCGAGGGCGGCGGUGGCGACGGCGGGGAGGUGCCCGCGCUCAUCCCGGACGGCGAGCCGCUGCGGGAGGAGCAGCGGCCCCUGAAACAGUCCCUGGGAAGCUCCCUGUGCCGCGAGUCGCACUGGAAGUGCCUGCUCCUCACGCUGCUCAUCCAUGCCUGCGGGGCCGUGGUGGCCUGGUGUCGCCUGGCCACAGUGCCACGGCUGGUCCUGGGGCCUGAGGCAGCCUUGGCCCGUGGGGCCGGGGCCCCGCCGCCCACCUACCCGGCCAGCCCCUGCUCCGAUGGCUACCUGUACAUCCCGCUGGCCUUUGUCUCCCUCCUCUACCUCCUCUACCUGGCCGAGUGCUGGCACUGUCACGUGCGGUCGUGCCAGGCGCCGCGCACUGACGCCCACACCGUGCUGGCCCUGAUCCGCCGGCUGCAGCAGGCGCCACCGUGCGUCUGGUGGAAGGCCACCAGCUACCACUACGUGCGACGCACGCGCCAGAUCACGCGCUACCGGAACGGCGACGCCUACACCACGACGCAGGUCUACCACGAGAGGGCGGACAGUCGCACGGCGCGUGGCGAGUUCGACUACUCGGCGCACGGCGUCCGCGACGUCUCCAAGGAGCUGGUGGGCCUGGGGGACCACGCGGCCACGCGGCUGCGCUUCACCAAGUGCUUCAGCUUCGGCAGCGCCGAGGCCGAGGCCUCGUACCUCACCCAGCGCGCGCGCUUCUUCGGCGCCCACGAGGGCCUGGACGACUACCUGGAGGCGCGCGAGGGCAUGCACCUGAAGGACGUGGACUUCCGCGAGUCCCUCAUGGUCUUCGCCGACCCCCGCAGCCCGCCCUGGUACGCGCGCGCCUGGGUCUUCUGGCUCGUGUCGGCCGCCACGCUGUCCUGGCCGCUGCGCGUGGUGGCGGCCUGCGGCACGGCGCACGUGCACUACCAGGUGGAGAAGCUCUUCGGCGCCAGCUCGUCCCCGCUGGGGGCCGCGCCCAGCGCACCCCCGCUGUCCCGCGUGGCCACGGUGGACUUCACCGAGCUCGAGUGGCACAUCUGCUCCAACCGGCAGCUGGUGCCCAGCUACUCAGAGGCCGUGGUCAUGGGCGCCGGCUCGGGCGCCUACCUGCGUGGCUGCCAGCGCUGUCGCCGCUCCCGCCUGUCGCUGGGAGCCGGGGGCCGGGCCACGCCCGGGGUCUUCCGCAGCCUGAGCGGGGGGCCGCUGGGGCGCCGUGGAGAGGACACAGAGCCCCUGGAGAGCCCGCCGUGCUACGAGGACGCCCUUUACUUCCCGGUGCUCAUCGUCCACGGCGAUGGCGGCUGCCAGGGGGAUGGGCAGGGUGCGCUCUGAGACCCCCGGGGCCCCCAGAGCAGCCCCUCCCCGCCAUCCCACUGUGGGCUUACAGGCCUCAGUAACUGUUGUCCAAACAGACCAGCCACACACAAGGGGUGGGGGUCGGGAUGGGGGGGCCCUUAAAAGGGACUAAAAUGCAGUGUCCCGUGGUCAUUUUGGGAAAAUGGAUGCCACCUAAAUUGAGUCUAUGACCCGUCCCCAGCAUGGCUCUCCCCACCCCCACCACAUUCUACCCCUUGUGAAGGCAGAUGAUCUGGCCUCUCACACCGGGCAGGGGAGGAAGCUUCCAGAAAGUCUGGGAUGAGACAGGAGUCCUGGGGACAGCUGUUGCCUGCAGCAGAGGCCUGUUUGUGGGCGCUUCCCUGCUGCGGCUGAGGCUAUGUUGGGAGCUCUCGAGCAACCCAGAAGCACAAAUUGGUGGUUUGGGGCUGUGCCCAGCUGGGAUGGUCUCCUCGAAGCUGAAGAGCUGGGUAUGGUGGCACCCCAGCCUUGGCCCUACUACCUGCCCAGAGUUCCCAUCCUCCUCCCCAUAAGUCCCUCCUUGCCUGCCCUCUCACCUCGGCUCAGGGUCAGUCCAGGAUAGGACCCUGCGGUGUGGCCCCCUCCACUGGGGGCCUGGUUCUUGGAGCACAGCUUUGCCCCACCCCCCCCCCACUGUUUUCCCCGGUGCUCAGUGCACCCCCCACCCACAUCCAGCUCCCCUCCAAGCCGGGGUUCCUUCUCAGGGCCCCAGCUCUGCCUCCCUAUCCCCCUGGUCUCUGCUCCUGCCUCCCGGAGUCCAUGUCUGCCUCUGUCAGCCAUGCACAGCCUCCCGCUUGUCCUCUCAUCGCUUCCCGGACUUCUCUGCUUCUCGCCUUCCUGAUGAUCCCACAGGACCCACAGGGCAUCCGAGGGGCCCCAGCCUCAGCCACAGCCUCUUGGACGAUGCCCUUGCUCUGCCAUGGAGGCCCCUGCUUCUCCCAUUGGUGGGGCCUGGCCCAGGGGACACCAUCCUUCACCCAGGGAGGAGAAAGUAGUCCCUUCCCUUCCAACUGGAGCUUCCACCCAACUCAGGGGCUGGUGGGGGAGGGAGGAAGCAGAGAAGAUGCAGAUUAAAUAAAGGUAUGAAAUGGAA